GAAGUGAUUGCUGUGGACUGGAAAGGGCUAAAAGAUGUGGACCAGAUCAAUAUGGACAGCACCAGCUCACUCCAUGGAAGCAGCAUCCACAGACCAUCUACUGAGCAAACACGGACAGAUUUCUCCUGGGAUGGCAUUAAUCUAUCAAUGGAAGAUACAACCUCAAUUCUUCCCAAACUGAAACGAAACUCAAAUGCCUAUGGGAUUGGAGCUCUUGCUAAGUCAUCUUUAUCUGGGAUAUCCCGCAGCAUGAAGGAUCACGUCACCAAGCCCACUGCCAUGGGGCAGGGUCGUGUUGCACAUAUGAUUGAGUGGCAGGGUUGGGGCACAGGCUCCACCCAGCAGCACCAUACUCAUGAGACGGUACGCAAGGAUGCAGAUGCUUACUCUGACCUGAGUGAGGGAGAAAAAGAGGCCCGAUUCCUUGCAGGAGUGAUGCAACAGUUUGCUAUCUCAGAAGCCACACUGAUGGCCUGGUCUUCCAUGGAUGGUGAGGAUGUAAGUGUCAACUCAAAUCAGGAAAACCAAACUGGCAACUACAAUGAAAACUAUCAAGAGAUGAUGGAGAAUCAAGAACACCUGGCCCAGGUGCAGUAUGACAGCUGGCCUCACUCUUACGUCUCGCAAGGCAUGUACUGCCUGGGUUCAUCUGAUGCUUGGGAAACCAGCGAUCAGUCCCUCAUUGCGUCCCCAGCUGCUGGCUCUUACCUCGGCCAGAACUUUGAGGAAUGUCAGUCUAACCUACAGGAAAGUGUUUUAAUCCAGAACAACCUUAUCCAGCAGCACCAGCUGUUGCAAAUGCAACAGCAGCAGCAGCAGCAACAGUUACAGUUACAGCAGCAGCAGCAACAACAACAACAACAACACCAGCAAGUGCAACAAGCUGUGUUCCAAAAUACUGACCUUGUAGAUGUAUGGCCAGCUCAGACAACUCCUAAUGGUGAUGAUAGCAUUGGUAAUGGGGGGAAUGCUGAAUCCAGCACUCUUGUGGGAGUUCACGCAGAAGAGGAAGAAAACCCCGUGCUGGAGAAAGCUCCCCUAUUGAACAAGAAACCUUCUCCAGAAGAGGACGAUGUUGUAUGCCGGGAUCUGGAGUCUCUUUCACCCAGAGAGGAGGCAGAGCCUACUGCCCUUAGCCGCAAGGUUUCUGAUGUCACAUCGUCUGGAGUUCAGUCCUUUGAUGAGGAAGAAGGUGAAACCAAUAACUGA